AUGUGCGGACGAGCCUACAAGCACAAACAGCACCUGAACCGGCAUCUUCGCUACGAAUGCGGCAAAGAGGCACAGUUCGCUUGUCCCCACUGUCCGUACAAGUCGCGCCAGAAGGAACCCCUCAAAGUUCAUUGUACUGCCAAGUUUUCAAAACUCAUGAGGCUCCUGAUUUUAGGGGCGUUUCACACAUAUUCUUGCAAAGUAUGCAUGAAGACCUACAGACGCAAGGAUCACUUGGUGCGUCACGUCAAGUACGAGUGUAAGGACACAGAGCCUCUGUUCUCCUGUUCCUGGUGCAGUUUCCGGUCCCGGAGAAAAGACAACCUCAGAUCUCACAUGGCACGGAUACAUUGGGUGAAAAACUCAGGAUCCUAA